GUUGUAGACUCCGCCAUCAUGGAGCUCCUACUAUGUGUGAUGAUUCUCCUUGCAAUGAUAAACAUAGUCGCUCCGGCUUGGCCUCUUCCUGAACGUGAAUCACUUUUCGUCAAGGACACUGUGAAAGUUCUUACUCGUGGUGAACUGCCAGAAUGUCCCACUGGUGUCGAACCGUGCAAGGAAGUUUUGAGGUACCCAAUUUUUUAUGAUGGAGAUAAAAUGACCAUGUACCGCCAGAAAUCCUACAGUGUUAGCACCUUGGGACAACUGGAAUGGUGGAUGACUGCCUACUUCCACUUUGCAGCGUUAUACUGCUGCUGGUAUGAGGAUGAUAAGAAAAAAAUGAAAUAUAAAACCCACGUUAUAAUCGCCGCCCACAACCGUUUGAAAGAUAAGCUGGGUCCUGAUGUGAUUCUUGAUACAAUUUCAUUCUCUGGAGAAACAUAUGAUUCGGAUAUAAAAAAGGUAAUUCAAGCAUCUAUUCGACCUUUGUUCAGUCCGCCAGACUUUGCUAACAAGAAGCAAACCGUCUACUUCAAACACAACCUUGAGAAUACUGAAUUAACUGACACUGACAAAGAAAAAUGUUCCAAGUUGACUUACUCGUUUGAUCUUACUGAGCAUUUUAAUCGUGGCAAACCAACAGAAGGUGCUACACUCACUGAAAAAUGCAAAGCUAUUGCAGGCCUCAUUAAGAAAUAUCAAUAUGAGAGUGGUAGAUUGAAUUCGUGGCUUGAUUAUAGUAUCAUGAACUGUGCAGAGCCGGAGCCGAUGGAAGAGGAGGUUGACUGCAAAGAAGUAUCGAAAGCAAUCACUUUGGUAGAUCUGAAAGACAAAAAAACGUGGUAGUCAUGUUGAUGCUGGAUCAAGGAAUAAAGAGC